AUGCAGACCUUAGAAUCGGCAGAAGAAAGAUCAGGUCAGGAUGACGAGGACACCCGACCCAACAUCAAGGAUGCCGACCCUGGAGACACGAAGCCUGGCGGUGGAUUCCCUCAAUCUCAUGCCCUGCAUCUUUUCAAGGAUUUACGGGUUGUACAUCUGGUUGAGGCACUGAAUUGCGUGCGUCAGGCGCAGCAAGCUGGAGGAAAGGACCCUGAUAAGGGGUACCUCGACCAAAUAUCGUCUCAUUUACAAAAUGUGUGGACGGUCCACCGGGACUAUAUUCAGAAAGAGGAGGUCAGUCAUCAGAUGAUCAAGUAUCAAAUUGGAAAAGGGCUCAUAGACCACCUGCAAUGCUUUUUUGACUCUGUUGAUCUCGACAUGGUCAUUGUGGGGAACCCGGAAGACUUUGCUCACCUUAUUGCGAAGCGAUACCGAGGUAUGCGCGCUGAGAAGGAGAAACUUCAAGAAGAAAACCUUUCUUUUUCCCACGAGAUACAGCGUCUCACUGCCGAGAAGGACAGCCUUCAAAAAGACAACCUCUCUUUUUCCCACGAGAUACAGCGUAUCACCGACGAGAAGGACAGACUCCAAGAAGAAAACCUUGCGCUUUCCCACGAGAUACAGCGUCUCACCGCCGAGAGAGACAGGAUCUCACAGACACACGUCUCUCCAGAAGUCGGCUCCGCUCGACAGAAGGAGACUGACUAUGUUAUUGCCCAGUUGAAAGCGGAGAUACUUGAACUCUCGAAGGCCAAUGCAGACUAUUGCCUUGAGAUCGCGGGGGUCAGAAAUCAAGGCAAGGCUCUUCAUAUCGAAAAGGUCAAAGCCGAAGAAAAGAGCGAUAUCCUCGCCCAGCGUAACAACAAAAAAUCGCGGGAGAUUGAGCGCCUCACACACCAAGUCGAAACACUAAAACAGGAUGUCGGUAGCAAAAUUGAGGCAGAUAAUGUGAAAGAUGGUCUUGCGAGGACCAAUGACCACUUAUACCUUGCCAUUGCAGACCUAAGAUCGAGUGUGGACGCUCUGCAGCGGGAUGAUCGUGUCAGAACUGAGCUUCUUAGAAAAGUAGAGGCAGAGAGAGACACCAUCAAGGCCAUUGCAAAAGACCAAGGCAAAGCACUGUCAUCCAGCCAUAAAAUAAUCGCCAUGCAGAGCGCACACAUCUGCCACGAGAGGGAGUCCUUCUUCAAGGAACGCGAAGUUGCCAUGCAGUCAGAUCUUGACUUGGCAAAGUCGAGAGAAGACUGUGACCGAGUCAGAGCAAGUCUUGCUCAAGAACAGCUUGCGAGGGAAACUAUUUCAACUCUGUUGUGCGCCACAAACCGUGAAAAACAUGCACUGUUAAGUGAAGACGCCGAGUUGAAGGAGAAAAUCGAGACUCUACGAAAGGACCUUUCUCAUAAAGAGGACCAACUGAAAAUGGUGGAAACAGCUAGAGACGUUACAGUUGCUCGGUUAGAGGAACGCAUCAAGAUUCUAGAGGCAGAGAAGGACGAUCGUAUACAGCAACCACUAGAGCAAAACGCGAAGCUCUCAGAAGAGACCAAGUCUAACCACGAGGGGUUUGACGAGUCGCAACGGCAUCAUAUUUUGUCACAAGAAAAACAAACCUGCUCGGACCCCUCACAUUGGAACCUGAAAAGCGAGAUGGACUCGCUCCGUGCAGAGUUCAACAGGCAGGUCCAAGCGAACAAGAAGAGAGAUUGUCGAAGGACACAGCUGCAAGUGACCACAGCACUGCAGAACCAGGGGAUCAAGAGAAAGGCAGUGAGUGAACAAGAUGAUGUGCAGUCGAAGGAGAUAAAUGCAGUGCGCAAAUAA